CAACGCUACCUGGCGGUGCUUCCUACGCUCUCUCCCUCGUUCUCUCCGCCAUCUUCCUCUCUUAUAUCUCCUCGUCCACCAUUCCCCCAUCCCUCCCAACCCUAACCCUAACCCUAGAAAAUGUCAGCCUUCUCCGUCCUCAAGCUCCGCCAUCCUCCUCUCCCCUCACCUCUCCCCCCUUCCUCCAAGCCUUCCUCCUUCCCCUCCUCCUCCUCCUCCCUCCGCUUUCCUCUCCGCACUGUCUCCGCUAACGUCCUCACCUCGUCGUCCACCUCUCUCGCCGCCUCCCAUCCGGUGAUCUCUCGAGAUGAGGGACUGGAUCUCUACGAGGACAUGGUUCUCGGGCGAUCCUUCGAGGAUAUGUGCGCGCAGAUGUACUACCGUGGCAAGAUGUUUGGAUUUGUGCAUCUGUACAAUGGGCAGGAGGCGGUGUCUACCGGGUUUAUUCGGUUGCUGGAGAAGAAGGACUCGGUGGUGAGCACGUACCGUGAUCAUGUCCACGCGCUGAGCAAGGGUGUCCCUGCUCGCGAAGUCAUGGCCGAGCUAUUCGGGAAGACUGGUGGCUGUUGCCGUGGCCAGGGCGGAUCCAUGCAUAUGUUCUCGGCCGAGCAUGGGGUCCUUGGUGGCUUCGCCUUCAUCGGCGAGGGCAUCCCUGUCGCCACCGGGCGCCGCCUUUCUCCUCCAGGAGUUUUGUACCGCCGUGAGGUUCUCAAGGAGCAAACACAUGACGAUGUGACCAUAGCCUUCUUUGGUGAUGGUACAUCCAACAAUGGGCAGUUCUUUGAAUGUCUCAACAUGGCUGCACUGUGGAAGUUGCCUAUUAUUUUUGUUGUUGAGAACAAUCUGUGGGCCAUUGGUAUGUCACACCUUAGGGCCACAUCUGACCCGGAGAUUUUUAAGAAGGGCCCCCCAUUUGGGAUUCCUGGGGUUCAUGUUGAUGGAAUGGAUGUGCUGAAAGUUAGGCAGGUUGCAAAGGAGGCAAUUGAGAGGGCAAGGAAUGGGGAAGGACCCACGCUUGUGGAGUGUGAGACAUACCGGUUCCGAGGCCAUUCUCUUGCUGAUCCAGAUGAGCUUCGCAAGCCUGACGAGAAAGCUCAUUAUGCUGCAAGAGAUCCAAUCACAGCCUUGAAGAAAUACCUCUUUGAACAGGACCUAGCGACCGAGUCUGAGCUGAAAGCCAUUGAUAAGAAGAUUGAUGAUGCUAUCGAGGAUGCUGUGGAAUUUGCCGAGAGUAGCCCCCAUCCUCCUCGAAGCCAGCUCCUCGAGAAUGUCUUUGCCGAUCCUAAAGGCUUUGGAAUUGGUCCGGACGGAAAGUAUCGGUGCGAGGAUCCUGGAUUCACACAAGGCACUGCUCAGGUCUAAAGUAUCUUGAGCUCUCAUAAUAGCACUCUCUCUUUGCCUCCAUUGCUUUUCAGUUUUAUUUAUCUUGUUCCUGAUUGCUUCUUUUGGUUCAGUAAUUAUAUUAAGUUAUCCAUCUAAAGGACUCUUCUUUGUUGUUGGGCAAUCCUUCUUCUGUGUUUUUAGAAUUUUUUUGUGGGGUUGAGGUAAAUGUUAAUUGUAAUCAAAUGAAAUUUUAUCACAUUAGAUUGUAAUCUCUGAUGGAUAGCCUUCAAUAAUUGGAAAAUGUUUAUUAA